AUGUCCACCUCCACAGGAUUCAGCCCUAUGUACACCCAUAUCCAGGGCGAUUUAGCCGAUGUCUGGCUCCCGGAUGAGCUAGGUAACAAGGUUGAGGUCCACCUCAGAUCCCAAGCCAAAGGCGAGGCAGUUUUUCGAUCCCGACAACGUCAAUCUCAACAGGUCAGCAAGGAAGAAGUCCUCUGCUACCUCACCAUCUCCCAGAAUGACUACAACGGCCAUCUCGGGGCUCGCAUCUCUUCUAUCUUUGUGAACCUCUUCGUCUCCUCUGCCGUUACAGUCGUCCCGGUACUAGCCAAGCGUAUGUCCUCAUGGAAAAUUCCUCAGAACGUGUAUCUUUUCGCGCGUUACUUUGGCACGGGUGUCAUCGUUGCUACGGCUUUUGUACACUUGCUAGACCCCGCCUAUAAGCGAAGCGGACCGAAGGCUUGCGUUGGGGAAUCUGGAUAUUGGGGCAAAUACUCAUGGUGUGCGGGUAUCGUGCUGACCACUGUGUGUUUAUCAUCUUUCUUUUGGAUCUUGCCGCAGAAAGUCUACGUCGAACACAAGUACGACGUGCACAAGGAUGAAGAAGCUACCAACGCGUUCAUCGGCCACUAUUCUAAUUACUUCUAUUAUAGUAGAUAUUCAUAG